AUGAACAUGCGCUCAUUCUUAUUCUCGUUGCUGGCUUGCCCACUAUUUUCCUUUGCUUCUAUACGCGACCAGACGGUCUUUCAAGGACACCCUACAGAUGACAUGGGCGACAAAGCAUACACGCCUUUUACUCACGCACAGCCGACUCUGGCGGACUUGCUUACCAUAGACUCCUCGGCGUCGAUAUUCUACUCUUAUUCACGUGAGACGGAGCUGAGUGCUCUUUUUUCGGAUGAGAAUGCCAGGAUCACAAUGCUUGUGCCCACAAACAAGGCGGUCAUGGCACUGGCGCGGAAGCCAAGUAGGCAUGAAGGACCUGCUCCCAUAAAGGAAGGCGUUAUUCUACCUGAAAAGGAGUACGACGCUCUGUCCAAGGAGAACGUGAAUCGAUGGGUAUCCGCACAUAUAAUUCCUCAUUCACCAAUCUCCCUUCUCACUCCUGGAACCCACGAGACAAUGCUUGACGGCAAAAAUGUUACGUUCCAGGCAGUUGAUCCCGAUGAGAAUGAACCGGAAUGGACACGCGUGCGCAUGGAUGAUGAUGUCCGUCUCAUUAGCAUGAAAGAAGCACAGAACGGUGUGCUCUACAUCAUCGACGGAACUGUCAAACUUGAGUAA